AUGCCUCCAAGUUCAAAAGUGCCCAAGAAAUCGUAUUCCGCAUCGAAAAGUGUGGCCAAAAAAGGUCCUUUUAAAACAACCACUACCAAGAAGGUGAGUCGGCGAUUUAGUAUUAUGAGCAACUCUUCGUCAGAAGACUCAUCUGAUGCCGAAUCCUCAGAUUCAGAUUCGGAAUCGGAAUCUGAUGACUACGAUGGUGAUAUGUAUGUGAAAAAUAAACCUGUUCAGGUUAGCAAUGUGGUAGCCUCUUCAGGUUCUGAAGAUGAUUAUUCAUCUUCUUCAGACGAUGAAAAUAUUGAUUUUGUUCAGUUGACCAAACAAAGGCGUUUGAAGGCAAUGAAGGCCGUGAAGGGUUUAAAGAAACAAGCCAAUGAGAAGUCGUCUGUAUCACCGUCUGCAUCUCCGAUGAAUAGUGAAGGCUUGUUAGUUGAGAAUGAAGAAUCUGAAUUGGAUGACGAUCUAGUGGACGCUGUUAUUGAAAACGAGGAACGGAAAUUGGACAAUUUAGAUACGAAUUUGGAUGAUGUCAAUGAUCGUUCUAAUUCCAGUAAUGUUGACUUAAAUGACGAUUUUGAAGAUAUCGAUUUUGACUUUUCGUUUGACGGACAGAGUAAAGAACCCAAUCCAGUUAAUUUUCAAAAUGCAAAAGAGAAAGAUGAUAGAAAUGUUUUGGAUAAAUUGCGAGACGAAGAUAUCGGUGAAGUAGUUGAUGAGGAGAGUGUAUCAAAGGAACAGAUAAAAUCUGACAAAGUAGAGGAUAAUAAGAUUGAUAUAGAUGUCCCUAAAUUUAACGAAAAGGAAAUAAACUCAGAUGCAGAUUACGAGUUUGACAAUAACGAUUUGAUUCAAACGUUACUCAAAGACAAUGAUGAUCUAGAGCUACAAAAUAUGGACAACAGUGACGAUGAUUUUGACUAUCUAAUAGCCAACCAACAUAACAUAGACCACAAUUCCAUUAACAAACCAAAUUUAAAGGAUACCUCGAUAGAUAGCUUAAACAAUACUGAUGAUGCGUAUAUGAUGAAGGAGGAAACCCAGGCAAUGCUGGAGGACUUUGAAAAACAUCCUAAACAGUCUUACAAAAACCGAAGAAGCAGUAUGUAUUAUCAGCAGCUUCAAAAUGAAUAUAAGGACGACGUGGAUGAUUUAGACCUUGACAUUUUGGAUAAUUUUGAGCAGUUUUUGCCCAAGCAACAAGCAAUGAGACGUCGGUCUUCCAUUUUGAAUCAAUCUCUCUUAUCUUCCGAUGAUGAAGAAAGGAAACUAAAUUCUGAUCCGAAGUACACAAAAAGGUAUAGGAAGAAGUCAGUUAAGGGCAGCAUGAGGAAAAAUACCACUGGUAACAGCAACGCAGGUAACGUUCACACAAAAGAUAUACGUAAAAUGCUUGGCAUUUCUAAUACGGAUUCCAAUUUCACCUCUAAAUUUACAUCUAAUGCAAUUGCCGAUAGUGAUGAUGAUACCAAACUCUUGGAAUACAUAUUUGAAGAGGACUCUGAUUCUGAAAAUAUGAAUGGGUCUGUUGUUGAUGGAGAUGAAACUGAUGAAGAUGAAAAUUUACCCAAAAAGUCCGGAAACAUUGUAGGAAGUAAGCAUGCAAAGGAAAUAUUGUCAUCAAGCAAGGACCAAUUUCGGGCUCCUAAACUUGGUACUUUUAUCACAAAGAAACCAUUUAGUGUUAUCGAUGGAUUUUCAACUAGAUUUUUACAACCGCUUAGUGACACGCACUCAUUAGUCCAGAAAGCCGCAGCAUUGGGCAAACCUGAAAGUACAAAUAAUGCCAAUAAUUCCAACAAUAUUGCUCUUGAUGAGUUAAUCAACAUUAGUGAGUUUGAUGAAGAUUACCCAAAUAAUGAACAAAAGGAGGAUUUUGAAGACUUUUUUGGUGAUAAACGUAUCCCGCUUACUGCUUUUAGAAACAAGGGCUUGAAAAACCCAGCUAAUGAUAUAAGUCUCACUCGGAGAUUUUCGUUUACAGAAAGAAAUCGCAGAAAAUCUCAUCAUAAGUUGUCUAAAGGUAAACUGAAGAACGCAAAACUGAUCGGACACUCAUCACACAAACAUUAUAAACAGAGCACUCAAUCACAGACCCUUAUACCCAAACCUAGGAACACACCAACAGAUAUGAGCGCUGACCCCAUCGAUCCAAAUCAAGUUGAUGAAGUUCUACUGAUAGGGCUCGAGCCACUCGAGCUUAAUGAAACUUUUAUAAGCAACCCAGAUUUUGAGAUAUCUGCUCCUUAUAAUGCACCGUCUUCACGAAGAAGGAAGUCAAUGAGCAGAGCAUCUAAAGCAAAAUAUAGACGUGCUAGUAUAGCAGAAGCGCAUGCUGAGGGUUUACGACAAACUAAGAAUGGAUUGUUUGAUGAACAGGUGAUGGAUGAUGUUGAAGCAUUACUGAUUGAUAUGGGUGAUGCUGCUGAGUAUCAAUUUAUCUUUGGAGAUGAGGUUUGA